AUGAAGAUGGCCGAACGGCCCCCUUCAGAGUAUGGCGUCGAGGAACCCUCGAGUGUGGUGACGCCUCAAUAUGGCCAGACAUCGGAAAACAAGCAUAGGCGGGGGAUGAACAAGUCGAAGGACUCAUCCGGCAGCUCUCGACCUGCAUCAAUCGAGACGGACCCUGGGCAGGCUGUCACCAAACCAUCCAAUGCAAAGCUCCCUCAUUCGAGCGAUGUAUUGGACGGUCAACCGCCCCUUCGACAGACUUUCCCUCAUCUGUACCAUUCCUCUGGGCCUUCUGGCACACCUUCCACCAGAACUUCGUCUAGCUCGCUCCAAGCACUGAACGAGGAUACCGUGGUUGAUGCCCGCAGUGUCUUCUCACGUAUCUCGUUAUCGCGAAGGACGUCCUAUAACCGCUCGUCGGAUGGUCAAGCCGCGGAAUACCCUGUCUAUCCGGAUCAGUCAUAUGCUGUCCUUCAGUCUCAGAUACACCCCACCUAUCAGCCUCCUUUUCUACGUUCGCGAAGCUCUUAUCCGACCGAGGCUACCCCAAAUCCAGGCCAUACUCGCGGUGCCCGUACCGCAGGUAAUACACCUAUAUCCAGUCCCGGUCUGUUCUCCGUUCGGACUCCGGGGGUAUCACCUUCGCACGGGUCCGGUGAAGAACUCAGCAGCGGUGGUUCCUUUCUCCAUCCAACACACCUUCAACCUCCAAAGGAAACGCACACCGUCGAAGUGGACAGGGAUCUUGUGACUGGAAAUAAAGUUAUCAACCAAUAUGAAAUUCUUGAAGAGCUUGGUCGCGGUGAACAUGGCAAGGUGAAACUGGGUCGCCAUGUGGCAACUCGCCAGAAGGUUGCAAUCAAGAUCGUUCAGCGAUACUCGAAACGGCGUCGACUUGGGAGGCUAGGAAACGCCGAAGACAAGGUCAAAAAAGAGGUCGCAAUUUUGAAAAAGGCUCGCCAUCCAAACGUGGUUAGUCUGUUAGAAGUGAUUGACGACCCGAACCGCCAAAAAGUUUAUAUAGUGCUCGAGUAUGUCGAGAAUGGCGAGAUUAUCUGGCGACAAAGAGGGCUCCGAGAAAUUGUGUAUGUUGACAAGCUUCGGCUUGAACGUGAAAAGGCCGGCCUUCCUGAUACGCCAGCAUUUUUGGAGGAAAGCAAGCAGUAUAUCAUGACAGCGCAGCGUUAUCGGCAACAGCGCGAGAGGGCAAUGGAGCGGCGUCAAGCACAAGCUGAGCAUGCACAAAAGGGACCGAUUCCUGCCUGGAGUUUGGAACACGGAGCGGAGUCGGAUGAUGAAAACGGGCCCGAGCUCGCACUGGCUCGCACAGUUAGCCGUGCCAUGUCAAACUAUGAGGAGGCAAACCCCUCUCCAAAUCAUUCCCUUGCCUCAUCGCAAGAAGCUGCCUUGGCCGCAGUGGAAGGCACUAUGUUUGGGCCUUAUGCCGGGGCUUAUGCUGAUGGUCCUUCCGAGAAGCGACGGUUCAGCACGACAUCAAGCAGCUUCGGCUACGCGCCCUCCGAAACUGAUUGGUCCCCGGAGGACGAUGACAUGUCCUUUGUGCCAUGUUUGACUUUCGCCGAGGCGCGCAACGCUUUCCGAGAUUCACUCCUCGGUCUUGAAUACCUCCAUUUCCAAGGUAUCAUACAUCGUGAUAUCAAACCUGCAAAUCUUUUAGUCACCAGGGAUUACCGUGUGAAGAUAUCUGAUUUUGGUGUCUCAUAUUUGGGACGACCUAUUCGCGACGAAGAGGAAGAACAACUCGAAGAGACAGAUGCUACGGAGGUGGACGAUGCCCGAGAGUUAUCCAAGACUGUUGGCACACCAGCUUUCUAUGCUCCUGAACUUUGCUAUACUAGUGAAGAUUUCAUAGACAGCAUUGGCGGCCCUCCGCGUAUUACCGGUGCGAUCGAUGUCUGGUCUCUUGGAGUGACUCUUUACGGGAUGAUCUUUGGUCGAUUGCCAUUUGUCUCGGAUGACGAGUAUAGCAUGUUUCAGACGAUUGUCAAACAGGAUGUUUUCAUCCCGCGAAGACGCUUAAAGCCCGUUGAAGUCGCUACCGAUACCCAAUGGCCUCGGCAUACGCCCGAUUGUAUGCGGGAAGAAUAUGAGCUCGUCUAUGAGGAUAUUGAUGAGGAACUAUGGGAUUUGUUGAAACGACUGCUCACCAAGGACCCGGUAAAACGCAUCACGUUAAAGGAGAUAAAACAUCAUCCUUGGGUCCUACAUGGCCUCCCGAACCCCAGAGACUGGAUCGAUGAAACCGACCCGGCCUAUCUGAGCAAGGGCAAGAAGAUUGAGGUGUCCAAUGAAGAAGUGACAACAGCCGUAAGCAAAGUACCCUUCAUUCAAAGGGUGCGAUCCAAUGUCGCGAAAUGGUCGAAUUACUUGACCGGAAGGUCAAAGGAUCGAGAUGGUCGCAAACGCACGUCUAGCUCAACCCCUUCAGUUGAUUCGACGUCCACCUCAAGCACCACCUCAUUGGGAAAGUACCUCUGGGAAGGCCGCCGACUCAGUCUUCGCGGGGACGAAGAGUUUCUCCCACGAUCCGGUCGACAAACGAGGGAUGGUGAGCAUCCUCUCUCCCAAAGUGUGACGGUAAGCCCGAUAGCUAGUCCAGAAGAGCGACCCUUGUCAUAUUCCACUCACGAUCCCGCUGCCGGCUACUUUUCACCCAUUAAUCGGACUCCACGGCCCGAUCACCUAGAGCGCGCAACGUCAAAUUUGUCGACCGCUGAAUCCUCGAAAACUGUCAAGGCGUCUGACACUAACAAAGGUUAUAACGCACCCCUGCGCCCUGUCACUCCUGAAAUGGCUGGGUCAUCAGGAACGACAAAUAUCGGUGGCGUCUUUGGCGGCGCAAGCCGUCGGUUGGCUAGAGGCCUUCAGCCAGACUGGCGGACUGAAAGGUUUGCUCCGGUUGAACACUUCGCUUUGGAGGACGACCAUCAUUCAGAACCUAGCCUUGCCUUGAGCGUAAGUUCUGCGGUUGGGCAAAUACAGCCGUCGACAUGGCAAGCGGACGAGGAACCCUCCACUCUACACAGGAGUCCGGCAUCUUCACCGAGCCAUCGACGCAAAAUAUCACAUCCGCUCUUAGGGAAAAGCUCUAUCGAACCACUCACUUUGUCGAGGGAUUUCUCGUCGCACAAUAGAAGUGGACACGGGUCUUAUCCGGAAAGCGAGCCUCGCACAUGUAAGGAGGCUAUUCAGGGAACAGGGGGCGCCCGCAAGCUCUGGGACUGUACGUCAGAGAAUAAUGCUGUGGAGCUUGUUAAAGGAACAUUGACAACGUCCCCCGCUUCUGCAGCUACAAUAUCUUCGUCAUCGGUGGACGAGGACACUAGCGGCAUGUCGCAGAGCACGUCCCAUCCUAGCAUUCCAUCUGUUAUGUCUGGAGCCUCGUCAUUGUCAGAGGGUGGACCCGUCAAGGAGAGUGAGAGUGAAACGGUGACCCAGGUUCCUUCCAUCCUUCGUACUGGCGAGACAGUCAAGGCAAGGCGCUCCAGCACAUCACGGCCAGCAGAAGAUGAUGAAUCUCGUUACUAUUGCGAUGACGAGGAAGAGAGUGGCGACGAUUCCGAAGACGAAGGCCUUGUUUUCGGCAAAAAGAAGCCUGUCUCGCAAAAACCGGCAAUCCCUAUGGGCAAGGCGUCGAAGUAA